GAAAAGACCUAAGCAUGAAGCCGAGCAGACGCACCGAUGUAGUUUAGCGUUCUAACUGCGUAGCGUGUUGUGACGCGGUAUCUUUCAACUUUUGAAGAUUGUUAUCGCUCUCAAUGACCGUACGUAUAGUUUUCUGAAAGCGUUGCGUAUUAUAACGCUUCUAGUGCAUAAGCCUUCGUAAUCGACGGUUCACGACUACUUCCUGGGCUCUAUGGCAAAGGAAAGUUCCGAUUCGGACCACGAUGACGACGUUUACUUCUCAAGGCAGCUGCCCGUAAUAGAUCCCGAUAUGCUCCAAGAUGUGCUCUGCAUCCUUGCCAAGCAAAACGACGAAGCCGUUCGUGAACCGGAAGAGUAUUUGGACCACCUGUCUCCGAGCAAUACCGUAGAGCUAUUGUUCCAGACUUGCGCCAAACUCGAGCUGCCCAUCUGCGUCCAAGUCAUGGCUGUAGAGUACCUGGACAGAUUCCUCGUGCAGCACGUGCGCGACCUGCGCAAGCAGCUAGGCCUUCCGUCCGCCUGCGCCGCCGUGUCGUGGGACAGCGUGGUGGGCCGGAUGCGGGAGCAGGUGAUGCUGCGCAUGCUCUCCUGCAUACAGAUUGCCAGCAAGAUGUUCUCCAGCGUCAAGGGUCUGGCCAGCGUGGACGUGCGUGACCUGCUGAGUGCGGCUGGUGACUCGUACGGCUGCCACAGCGUGGUCCAGUCCGAGCUUCGCGUCAUGCGGACGCUGGGCUAUCGCCUCCAGCUCCCGACCCCUCUCGUGUACGCCGAGGUGCUGCUAGAAGUCAUAGGCCACAACGAGCCGAACUUCGAACCGAAGGACCUGUACUCGACGAUGCUGCGCGUGCUGCAGGGCUUCUACCUGGUCCGGCAGGAGGUCCACGAGCGCGCUCUGGCGCACCUGGAGAUGGACCGCGAGGCGACCGAAAAAGAACAGAACAGGAUGAUCCGUGCCUUCAAGGCGGACCAGCUUUUGAUAGCGUCGUCCGUGAUCGCCUCCGCCGUCAAGAUCAAGUUUCCACAGAGGUACACCGAGUUCCUUGGCUACCUUCAAGACGUCACCCGACUGUCGGGAAAAGAGGUGCACGACUUCAGCACCGUCGUCAUGGCCGUGCUCUUCAACGAAGACCCGCUGGCCGACUGAACAGGACGCAGUGUCGCCCGACCAUCCGCGGCCAGGCUUAUCUCUUUCUAGUCACCUCUCCUUUAUAAUUUUUUUUUUCAAAGUUCGCCUGCGAAUCGUAACUUAUUCGACAGGUGUCUUCUCCAAGCGACGGGACAGCGCGAGCGUGAGAAGUCGAUAAUGAAAAUAAUAAAUUAUUGAGUUAUUGCUGGCCAUGACUUCUCCUCGUAUCACUACUUGUUGCGGAGUUCGUUAUUUCACGGGACAGGAAGGAGCGUUCUUUCACCGGUUUCUAGUUUUUUUCCGCCGUAAGAUGUCUCUCCUCGUUUGGGCGCUUUGAAACCGUUUGCGUAUGUAUUCUCACAAAUCAUCGUGGCUUCUGCAUUGUUUGUUCAUGAAUGAUUGGCAUUGGUAUGGAACUUGUGCUCUUUCUUUAUGAAUAACGUUAGAACGAUUUAUCACUCGAGUGUUUUAGCAUAGCGUUAGUGUUCAACCGUUAAUCGCUACCGCUUUCUCCCUAUUGCGCACAUACUUUAUCGCGCAUGCGCAUUUGACGGUACCAGGUGGUAUUGUCAAUGGUGCAAUGGUGACGCUCUGUUAAGAUACCUUAAGAGCGCACUACGUACCGUGCGCAAAUUUCAGCAGCUGCGGAUUACAGUGUAUCCACAUGGCUAGUACAGAAAUCCGGCAUGUGCACCUUAUAGAGAGGUCAAAGAGAACUGCUAAAUCAGUUUAGACUGACGAUGCCUUCCCUCGAAACUCUUAUUUCGUUCAGUUUGCGGAUGGGAAGUUGAUUAUCCGAAGAGAAAGUGAAGGUCAAGUUUUAUUAAAGAAAAAAAAAAAAAAAAA